AUGCCUUCGAAGAACAACUCGCGCAAGUUUCGGGUUAAGCAGGCCCAGAAAGAACAGAACCAGGUAAACGCAGUCAAUGGAGGACCAGCGAGCGAACACCUGGUCAACGGGAUCAACGCCUUGACCGUCGGCACUGGACCACCUGGGGACCGGCGAUCUCUGUUACCGCCACCGCCCUCGGAACCCGGUGAGGACGGGUACUUCGUCGAGAGAACAGGUCCUGACGCUGCUACCAGACGAUCAGCUUCCUUGGACAUCUCCAUAGAAGGAAUCAAUCUCAUGGUUGGGCGACGAGAGUUGCUCGCCUCAGCCACCCUGAAACUCACCUACGGACGCAAGUACGGUCUGGUGGGGCGCAACGGCGAGGGUAAAACACAGCUGCUGUGUGCGCUGGCACAUCGCCGACUCCCUGUGCCCUCACAUAUCCGCAUCGCUCACGUCGAGCAAGAGGUUCAAGGCGACGACACAAAGGUGCUAGACGCAGUUUUGCAAAGCGAUCGCGAGCGCGAGUACCUGCUUUACUGGGAGAAGCGGCUGCUACAAGACCAAUCGGACUGGGCAGGCGAGGCCCUUAUGGAAGUUUACGAGCGUCUAGAUGAGCUGGAUUCUGACGCAGCGGAGACUCGGGCAUCCAUGAUCCUGCGGGGUCUCGGCUUCACCGCUGAGGCGCAGCAGCGACCCACGCGGGAGUUUUCCGGCGGCUGGCGCAUGCGCAUUCGACUAGCGAUGGCGCUCUUCCAACAACCGGAUCUGCUGCUCCUCGACGAGGCCAAUAACCAUCUCGACUCGGUAUCUUUGCUUUGGCUCGCCUACUUUCUCCGGGCGUGGCCCCGGACAGUGCUCAUGGUGUCGCACGAUCGGUGGUUGCUGAAUGAAGUCGCCCAGGAUACGAUUCUGCUCCAUCGAAAACGCCUUGUAUACUAUGGUGGCAACUACGAUUCUUAUUUGAAGACUCGUGCAGAGCAGCAACGACACGCGUUAGCGGUGGCGAGUUCCCAACAGCGCCGUGCAGCGGAGCUCAAGAACUUCAUCGCACGAUUCGGGCAUGGCCAUAAGAAGAUGGCCCGCCAGGCGCAGAGCCGCAUGAAAAUGCUACAGCGAUUGGAAUCCGAAAUGAUCGAGGUCGAUGAGGACGACCCCUCGCUGCGGAUUGAGUUCCCUGCGGCAGAGUAUCUGCCGCCGCCGCCUUGCAUCUCCGUCAACAACGUUGGUUUUCGAUACAGUCCUGAUGGUCCGAUGCUCUAUCGCGACCUCAAUUUUGGGCUAGAUUGCGACUCUCGGGUAGCGAUUAUCGGACCUAAUGGGGCGGGAAAGUCGACGUUUCUGAAGCUUCUCGCUGGGGAAAUUGUGCCGACCGAAGGCUGGAUCUCGCGGCACCCGAAACUGCGUAUCGCGACGUUUGCGCAGCACCACGUGGACUCCAUGGAGGACCUCGAGCGCAGCGCGGUGGACCACAUUCGGAGCUUGUGGCCAACCCUUGAGGUGGCCGAGUGCCGAGCGCUUCUCGGCCGUUUCGGUCUGAGUGGCUCGCUUGCCACCAUGCCCAUGAAGUUGCUUUCUGGGGGCCAGAAAUCACGCGUGCAAUUCGCGGUCAUGGCGGCGAUGCGCCCGUCUCUCAUGCUGUUCGAUGAGGUCACCAAUCACUUGGACAUGCAGACAAUCGACAGCCUAGCGAUUGCUCUGAACGCAUUCCCAGGCGGUGUCGUGUUGGUAACGCACGACACCCGUUUUCUGAGUUUGGUUGCAAAUGAGAUCUGGGUCGUCCGACCGGGGAAGUCUCCUCAAGAAUCGGGCACCGUAGAGGUCUGGAACGGAGACUACGACGACUAUAAGGCGGCCAUUGAGCGAGAACUGGAGGAAGCAGGUCUUCUAGCUGCAGCGAAGCAGGAGGCUGCAGCGCUUGCGCUCCAGCGCCUAUCUUCAUAG